UGUCAAUAUGACUUUUUCAUAUCAUCUCAUAACCAUCAUUUACAAUUUCAAAAUCUUAAAAAAAUUUAAAGUAUAUUUUCAAUUAUUAUGCAAAAUGGAAAACAGGAAAAAGAUUUAUAUGUAACCAUUGUUUUCAGCGAAUCCACAGCGAGUCUAUUAAAACUAAGUUUACCUCAUUUAAACCACACCGAUCCUGAAAACUCAAGAAUAUUUUUGAUAUCUCCCAGCCAUUACAAAUGUUCUAAGAGUCAAGUAGAUUUCAAAGAAGAAAACACACCAACCACAAGUCAAAGUGUCAAUAGCGAAAUUUUAUUCAAAUAUCAAGCUUUACAAGAAGAAAAGGAAGGCAAACCUAUUUCACAAGAUAUUUUCCUGUAUAUAUCUUCAGACGUCGGAUUGUUUUCUAAAAGUAAUUGCUCAUCAAAAUCUAAUAUUUACGAAGGCUGUUACUCUGAAGAUAGCUUUAAACUACUAAACAAUAAAUCUGCGGAAAGUAUAUCGAUGGAAAAUUCCCUAAAAAGUAUUUUUGAAGCUAGAAAAAUUAAAAAGUUACCCUUGUUAUCAGCAAGAAGUAAGGCACAUUCAAAUAAAAUGGGAACAAAUGAGAAUGAACUCUAUGUAGCUCUACUUGAUUCAAAUACAAAUUCAGCUGAUCACAUGUGCCGGAUAUGCCAUGGUGGCGAAAGUAUUGAUGAUCUUUUGAUGCCCUGUAGAUGCAGAGGAACUGUAGCUUUGGUACAUUUGAAAUGUUUGGAAAGAUGGCUUAAAGAUUCACAACAUAGUCAUUGCGAGUUAUGCAUGCACCAUUACAAAAUUGAAAAGAGUCCCAGGUAUAGCUUCAUUCGAUCCAUCUUCGCUUACCUAAGGGCGCCAGGCCCCCAACUGAAAGAAUUAAUUUUUGAUUUGGUGAUGUUUUCUUUGUAUACUCCAACAGCUAUCGUUUCUACCUAUAAUAUUAAUGAUGAUGUGCGAAAGUCUCGUAAAGUCCAAUGUUAUUCAAAGUGGUACGAUACCUUCGCAUAUAAUUGCAUUUUCAGCAGUUUUUGGGAUGGCGGCUAUCGAUUUUACUUACUCUUCCUGGGUCCUUUACAUUUGCCAGAAACACGCCGAAGCUUGGAGAGAUUGGUAUCACAGCAAUUCGUCAUUAAAAGUCAUUCUUCCAGCCAUUAAACUGCGUCCAAUCAAAAAGAAGAAAAAGAGUUUAAAAGAAGGACAAAAUUAAUAAAC